GGAGGGAAAGGUGGCCACCGAAGCGAGGCAGAGUAAGGGGAGGUGAAGGCUGCUGGAGGUGAUAGCAAGGAGAGCACGCCAAGGCAGAGGGCUGCUGAUCCGGCCCCGCCACUCCUGUGCGAACGCGGGGUGGACCGGAGAGAAAGGGAGGGCAGCGCUACGGCGCUGCGGGGCCCUGGAGGGACAAGGGGAUGCCAUGUCCCGCGAACAGCCCCCCCGCAGCGACAUCCCGCGCAACCUGAGCUUCAUCGCCGCGCUGACCGAGCGCGCCUACUACCGCAGCCAGAGGCCCAGCCUCGAGGAAGAGCUGGAGGAGGAGCUAGGCGAGGGCGGGACGCGGCAAGGGGCCCGGUCCCGCGCUCACGCUCCGAGUCGGGGCCGCCGGGCCCGCUCUGCACCUGCCGGAGGAGGGGCUGUCCGGGCGCCUCGCAGCCGCAGCCCCAACACCCGCAAGAGAGUGCGCUUCGCCGACGCCUUAGGUCUGGAGCUGGCCGCCGUGCGCCGCUUUCGCCCCGGAGAGCUGCCCCGGGUACCUCGCCACGUGCAGGUCCAGCUGCAAAGGGACGCUCUCCGCCACUUCGCGCCGUGCCAGCCCCGCGCCCGCAGCCUCCAGGAGGCGCGCGCAGCCCUGGAGCCGGCCCGCGAUCCAGGCUUCGCCGCUCGCUUGCAGGCGCAGCGCAUCUGCCUGGAACGCGUGGAGGCGGGCCCGCUGGGCGUGGCCGGGAGCGCGCGCGUGCUGGACCUGGCCUACGAGAAGCGCGUAAGCGUCCGCUGGAGCGCCGACGGCUGGCGUAGCCAACGCGAGGCGCUCGCAGCCUACGCCGGCCCGGCCCCGCCUCCGCCUCGCGCCGACCGCUUCGCUUUCCGCCUGCCGGCUCCACCUGUUGGGGGCGCCUUGCUUUUCGCCUUGCGCUACCGUGUGACGGGUCAUGAGUUCUGGGAUAACAACGGCGGCCGUGACUAUGCUUUACGUGGGCCAGAGCAUCCAGGCAGUGCGGGAGCCCCAGAGCCCCAGGGCUGGAUUCACUUUAUCUGA